GCGGGACAACUCUAGUGACUAGACAACGCUUCUUGCUGGGGCUGCGAUCAUGUGAUAAACAUCACAGAUAUUCGUGAUAAACAUGCCGGAGCGAGUUGCCAAAGCAUUAAUUGGGUUCGGGAAAUUAUUUGCAGCGGUCACUUUGAUAUUAGUAUUAGUUGUCCUAAUCAGGACUUGGACGCUAAAGGCGCACACGGAUGAUGUCUUCCGAUGUAGCAACAUCUCGGCGGACUUCAUCCCUUUGACGGAAGUAAGACUGGAAAACUUCAGACGCUCACUUCGAUUCCAAACCGUAACGAAAGACAGACAAGUGUACGACCGUGAUCAGCUUGCCCAGCUAGUAAAGUUUAUUAUUCAAGCUUACCCAACAGUGCAUUCCUCGCCUCUGGUUGCCUAUGAAGUGAUAGCAAAUUACAGUCUUCUCUACAAGGUGCAAGGCAGCAACACCAGUUUAACUCCAUACCUGCUCGCCAGUCACCUGGAUGUCGUACCUGCACCAGACAAAGGCUGGGAUGCACCACCUUUUUCAGCUGACAUCUUGGAUGAUUUCAUCUAUGCACGAGGAACUAUUGAUGACAAACAGGGAGUUAUGGGUAUCCUUGAAGCUGUUGAAUUCCUGUUGUCAAAUGGCUUCAAACCCAGGCGGACAUUCUACAUUGCUUUUGGACAUGAUGAAGAAGGUCAUGGUGUAGAUGGGGCCUUCAACAUAGCUGAAACGUUGAAGAGCCAAGGUCUCACAAAGCUGGAGUUUGUAUCUGAUGAGGGGUUAACCAUUAUAAAUGGUCUCGUCCCUGGCUUGACAAGACCUGUAGGCCUCCUAGGAACAUCAGAGAAAGGUCAAGUACUUUUGAGGCUAAGGGUGAGAGGUCAACCAGGCCACUCUUCUAUGCCACCUAAAGAAAGUACCAUUGGUAUUCUGGCCCAGGCUGUAAGAAGGUUAGAACUUAACCCUCAGCCCAGCAUGUUCGGGAGAGGUCCUGAGCACCAUAUGUUUGAACAUCUUGCACCAAAGAUGACCCAGCCUUUAAGACUAGUCAUGUCUAAUCUCUGGCUGUUUGGACCAAUAGUUAGUUGGUACCUCUCUAAAGCUCCUACCACAAAUGCCAUAAUUAGGACUGUGACGGCAGUCACCAUGUUUAAUGCAGGAAUAAAGAACAAUGUUAUUCCUAGUGAGGCAACAGCAGUCGUCAACCAUCGGAUUCAUCCAGCCCAGACGGUGCAAGAGGUGAUAGACAUUGACCGAGCACUGAUUGAUGAUGAUCGCGUGGAAAUUGAAGUAAUGAGUUCCAUGGAGCCCCAUCCCCAGGCACCAUCAGAUGAGGACAGCUUUGGCUACCACGUCAUCAAAGACAGCAUCAGAGAGGUGUUUCCCGAGGUAGUAGUGGCUCCUGGCUUGAUGUUCGCCAACACCGACACUCGCUUUUAUCUACAAUUCACACAUAAUGUCUACCGCUUCUCUCCUACUUUUAUGCAGCCAACAGAUGUGGCCCGAGUACAUGGGCUCAAUGAACGCAUUUCAAAGAAGAACUACGAGCAAGCCAUAAAUUUUUAUGAACAUCUUAUUCUUCAUGCAGAUGCACCAGGCCUUUUACCCUAUCACAAUCAUGAUGAAGUGUAGUCAAUGUGAUUUGAAGAAAGAAAAUACAUGUGCUUUUGUAGAAAGCAAAGCAAAGGACGUUGGAACCACAUGGGCCCAACUGAAGGUCCACUGGCGAGGUGUUGUUGCAGCCCUAUGCUCAUCGAGAAAUAACAAGGACUAAACUAAACCGAUUUAGAAAGUAAUAUUUUUCAUAUUAAUUUUUACAAAUAAUAAUUUACACCUUUGUAAAGAUUUGGGUUUUUUUUUUUUAAUAAAAUAAGAUUUUUACUUAAUUAGGUGUUUAAAUGCAAGAGUGCAAGUGAAGAGUGUAUUCAAACAUAUACUGAUUUUUUAUUUCAAUGAACAAAAAACAAUAACCUAUUAUAAUGGAUAAAAAUACUUGCUGUCUACAAUAUACUUCAGAAAAAUAGUUCUUUAAUUUACCAAUAAUAGCAGUUUAAUUUUCAAUAACAGUGAUUUAGUGCAACAAAAGUUUGCUUAUAAAAUUCUCAAUGUAAUUUAAAUGUAUUGGAAACUUAACCAACAUUCUUGAUGUGAAGGACAAGUAAAAAAAAAACCAUAGAGACAUUUUGAAGAUUGUGUUUAGGAGAAGCAGAUAUCUACAAAUGCACAGCUAAAGAGCAUCAGGAUCAUUAUAUAAGGGAUUAUCAAAAUUUAUGUUUUCAGGCUGACUGAAUAGGUUAGUUUUUGCUUCAUCUUCUUCUUGGGCUUGGAGUCUGGCAAAGGACAUGCUGGUCUCGGAGCCCUGAAAGAGAGAGAUUAAUUUGAUAUUUGCUCAAGAAUAUAAUAAUGUAAUAUUUAUGCAUCAACUGUAUUUCUUAUUUUACUUGUUACAUCAAAUUCUGUUGAUUUUUUUCUUGCCAUAUAAUUUUUUAAAUAAAAGUUUAACAUUGCA